AUGAAAGCCCCUCGGCAUGGCAAUGGCUACAUACCAUUCGAACAAUUGAUCAAACUGGAAAAGGUGGACGAAACCACCUACCGCAGCACCGCCCUACCUUUUUCUCCUAAUGGCUCUGGUAGAGCGUAUGGUGGCCAUGUCUAUGCCCAGGCUGUCUGGGCAGCGGCAAACACUGUCGAGGCCGGCUUUGUAAUACAUAAUGUUACCGGUUUCUUUGUCCUGGCUGGCGAUUCUUCGAUACCGUUCAUCUACCGAGUUCAGACCAUCCGGAACGGGCGGUCGUAUUGUACUCGCUUGGUAAACGUCACCCAAGCCGAAGGCGAUGGAAUAUGCUUUACCUGCACCUGUUCAUUCAAAUUGCCCGAGGAAAGUCAUUUUGAUGUCCAAGAGAGGAUUGAACUAGAUCAAAAGUAUGGCAUUUCUCUCUCUGGCAAAAAGCCAGAAGACUGGGAGGAAGUUUCGGGCAUGGACGUGCCUUGGGUAGGUUAUGUUCACUCAUUGAUCAGUGGUUCAUCAGCUCAUUUCGUCCAANNGUACAAUUCUCGUAGGAAACUCACAGGCAGGAAUGACGCAUUCCCUGGGCUUGAGUCUCGCAAGGUGGAUAUGACACCCUACAACACUUCACUCUCACCAUUCGACCGUCGUCAACUCUUCUUCUACCGCGCGAUCGGCGAUCUGCCACCGGAUCCAAACAUUCACGCUUGCGCGCAUCUAUAUGCAUCUGAUCGCAACUCGCUCUUCAUAGUAGGACGCCAUUUUGAGAUUGGCGACAAAUUCACACAUAUGGCAAGUUUGAGCCACACCGUAGUUUUCCACAGCCCUGCUUCGCACAUCAUGCUGCAGGAUCAGUCGGGCAAACGUUGGUUCUGUCAGGAAGUAUGGACGACAAGAGCAGGUGGGGGACGAGCAACACAUCAUAGUCGCGUCAUCGGGCCUGGAGGAGCACAUGUGGCCACGACUUUCCAGGAAGGCAUGAUAAGAGUAGGUCUUGGUGAUAAUCAGUAUGAGAAGGCGUACAAGAAGUCGCUGGAACGUCUUUAG